AGAAGAGGAAGAAGGUCGAAGAUGGUUUGCCUUUGAGUCUCACGAUCCAAGGAAGAAAAAAUUGAAAACAAUUAAUGGCUACUGUCAAAGCAGAGGUUUGCCGUCUUCAUUUGGUUGCACAAUACAUUGACACAACAUUAUACGGAUCGUAUUAAGUUUUUAUUGCGUUUUCAGUUGCCUUCUUGACCAAUUUGUCAUAAAUACUAUUUCUUUUAACCUGUAGUUUUCACAACCAUUUGGUCAAAUUCCACGUUGCUUGAUUUAAAAUCUUUCAAGCAUAAAAUAAUUUGCCAUGGAAGACGACAAUUCUGGUGGAGAAAUGAACUUUCGGGUUAGAGUUUCCAAGAAUUCUUUUCAUACUUGGCAGAUCAACAGCAAAGCUCUAUGGUCCAAGGUAGUCUUUUGUUAAAGUAUUCUUAAAAGUUCAAUAUUUGUGUUCCCGACUGCUAAGAAUCAAAAAUGUGCUAGUCCGGGAAUAAAGUUGCUAUUUUUUCGUUACCGUGCUAAGGAGUUCGUCUUUGUUUUGUGAACCUUUGUCAUUGAAAUAUAUGGAAAGCUACUGA